GGCAUCUCUACAUUGCCAGUCAACAGUUCAUUCUCUCGGUUUGUACCAAAUGCGGACGGUUCUUCUACUUCUUUUUGCUUCGGCAAUUGGUGUUUGGAGUGAUAACUUCUCGAAAGAGGGACAACUCAAUCUGCUAAAUGUGCACAAUGAAUUCCGUUCACAGCUAGCUCUCGGUCAGCUUUCCUUCCGUGGAGUCAAGAAGCCAUCGGCUAGUAUGAUGCGAAAAAUUUCCUGGAGUAAAAAACUAACAAAUGCCGCGACAAAGUUUGCAGAGACCUGUCCGAAAAAUCAUUCCGUGGUUAUGAAUACAGGAGAGAGCAUCUUUUGGCACUUUUCUAGCUCUUUGAGCACUCCGGAGCAAUAUGCAACCCUGGCCCCUCAAAAAUGGUGGAAUGAAUUCGAAACCAAUGGAUGGGACUCGUUGAUCUACAACCACGCAUCUCAACGUUUCCAAAUCGGGCAUGCAGUUCAAAUGGCAUGGCACACGACAAGCAAAGUGGGAUGUGGGUACUCGAAAUGUGCAGUUGGAACUCCUGAACAGACAAUGGUGGUGGUUUGUAGAUACUUUCAAAAGGGAAACAUCGAAGGAGAACCGAUUUACAAUGAGGGAGAAACGUGCACCAAAUGCCCAGAAGAAUACCAAAAAUGUCCGUCUGGGUUGUGUGAGAAGGAAGGAGUUGAGACUGAUUAAUUGAUUUGAAUUGGAACUUGUAAUAAAGUAUUUGCAUUGUUUU